UGAAUUUUUUAAUGAGUCGUUCACAUUAUUUUAUUACUUGUAAUUCAGAAAGUACAAUUAAUUUUCAUAUAUUUUAUGUUACAAAUUAAAAUUAUAUACUUUAUUUAUGAUAAUCUAAAAUUCACGUAAAUUUAGCCCACAUAUUAUAUAUAUUAUAUUUUCUUUUGAGGAACGGUGCCAUCCAUCGUCAUCCCUAAUCCCAGCCAAUGAAUAGGAGCUCUGCUAAAUCCCAAAGAGGGAAGUCAUCAAACAACAAGAGAUACUUUGUUCGCGCCACUCGACGACGACCUCCUAGUAUGCGCGUUGAUGGAAGCAAUGCAAGAGACAAAUUGGAAUCCGCCAUUUUUAUCCUCCUCUUCAUAUUAUUAACCUUCUAGGUUUCCUCUCCUGUUCUCAUUCAUUCUGUUACUCCUCUUAAAAUCCCAAUCACUUUGAAAUCUUCCUAACGGCUCCAAUUCCAUGCCUUUUCAUUUGAUAAUGCCAGGAAUUGAAGUUUGGUCGAGAAAUUCGCUCUUGAAUGACCAAUUGCAAAGUGCAUUUUUGCUCGAAUUAAAUUCGAGUUAUAGUUCAUUCACUUGUGGUGGCAUAUUUCUCGAGCCCACCGUUUCUUCUUCUUUAAUUAGUCUCAUUUCUUCCAGAAAUAGUUCAGUUAGUGUUUCGAGUUUGAAAUCUUGUUCUAAACACACGGUUUUUGCGGGAUUUAGUAGAGAAAGGAGUAGUCAAGUGGCUGUUAGUCGUUUCUUUUUGUCAGUUAGCUUGAGAAAGGAUGGGUCUGGGCUUGUGCAUGAACCGAAGGUCUAUUUGGUGCCAAAAGGAGAUGAGAAGAGCGUCAUUAAGGAGGAAAAGGUGCUCGGCGGAGGUAAUGCUGUUUUGGAGGGAAGAAGGAAACGGGAUGUUAGAGUACGAGGACGUGGUGCGGUGAACACUACCAAGCAUUUGUGGGCUGGAGCUACUGCGGCUAUGGUUUCAAGAACUUUUGUUGCUCCACUGGAGAGAUUAAAGCUCGAAUAUAUGGUUCGUGGUGAGCAAAAGCACAUACUUGACCUCAUUAGGAUAAUUGCAACUACACAAGGCUUGAAAGGCUUUUGGAAGGGGAACCUUGUCAACAUUCUACGAUCAGCACCAUUUAAAGCAGUCAAUUUUUGUGCUUAUGAUACAUAUAGGAAGCAAUUGCUCAGAUUAUCCGGGAGUGAGGAAACAACAAAUUCUGAGAGGUUCAUUGCUGGUGCUGCAGCUGGCAUUUCUGCCACCAUACUCUGCAUACCACUUGAUACUAUCCGGACCAAAAUUGUUGCACCUGGUGGGGAAGCUUUGGGUGGCGUGGUUGGUGCUUUUCACCACAUGAUCCGAACUGAAGGAUUCUUUUCCCUUUACAAGGGCUUAAUGCCUUCUAUCUUAAGCAUCGCACCUUCAGCGGCAGUUUUCUAUGGUGUGUAUGAUAUAUUGAAGUCUGCUUAUCUGCAUUCACCUGAAGGCAGGAAAAAAAUAGCGAAUACGAGUCAAAAUGGGCAGGAAUUGAAUGCAUUGGACCAGCUAGAGUUGGGACCAAUCAGGACACUGCUGUAUGGGGCUGGCGCUUGUGCAGAAGCUUCUACUUAUCCAUUUGAAGUUGUGAGGAGACGACUUCAACUGCAAGUUCGGUCUACUAAAAUGAGUGCAAUGGCAACCUGUAUCAAAAUUAUUGAGCAAGGUGGAAUUUCAGCUCUUUAUGCCGGACUCAUUCCCAGCUUACUGCAGGUUCUUCCAUCAGCAGCAAUUAGUUACUUUGUCUAUGAGGUUAUGAAGAUUGUUCUCAAAGUAGAAUGAAUGAAUACAUUAGAAAAUAACCAGCAGGAGGUUGUACUACAAAGAUCACAGGACAUAAAUCAAAAUGGUAAAGAGUUAUCAGUUACACUUGACAAUUACCAUUGAUUUUUUCAACAUAAUGUUAUACUUCAAAUGAAGAAAUAGAGAACCUUUUCAAAGCCA